AUGGGUCUCGCCGGGCCUCGAAAGAGGGUCAAGAUUUCCCAUGAUCCCAAUAACACGACUUGGUCUCGGUCGACGGAUGGCUUCGGACAUAGGAUAAUGGCGUCCCAGGGCUGGACUCCUGGCAGCUUCCUGGGCGCUCGCAAUGCAUCUCACGCCGAUUCCUUCACCGCCGCCAGUGCGUCCCAUAUCCGAGUAACGCUCAAAGACGAUACGCUGGGCCUGGGUGCCCGAACAAAAGGACAGGAUGAGCCCACAGGGCUUGACGCUUUCCAGGGACUUCUGGGCCGGCUCAACGGAAAAAGCGACUCCAAACUGGAAGAGGAACAACGCAAGCGAGACGAGAUCAGACUGGCUAGGUAUGUCCAACAAAAGUGGCAAACGGUCAGAUUCGUCAGUGCCGGGUAUCUCGCCCAAGAAAAAAGCGACAUAUGUCCCGAAAGGAAUAAUAUGACGAAUGACAAGACGAUCACCGAAAACCGCUCACUACGUACCGAUAAGGAAGACCUCAAAGCGGAUCAAAGCCCCAGUGCGGCCGACGGCAAAGCGUCGUCCUCCGAGAAGUCCUCCGAGAAGAAGAGCAAAGAUAAAAUGAAAAAGAAAGAUCGCAAAAAGAAGGAGAAAAGAAAGGCCAGCAAUGAUCUCACAGCCACGGAAACGCCUGCUGUGGUUGAAUCCAGCAAGUCUAGUGACGAAACUGUGUCUCACAAGGCAACACCAUCGCGAGAACAGAGACCAAUGGGAAGACAUGCGAUACGCGGCCGUUAUAUACAGCAAAAGAAGAAGGCUCUUAUGGACGACCGGUCACUAAACGAGAUUUUCAUGAUCAAGACAUAA